AUGCUCGUCUCUCUGACCGUUGGCAAGGUCGAUGCAGGCGUCGCGGUUCUUCUCACAGAGGAUAAGCGACUGGUCAGUAGCCGCAGCUUCCCUACAUAUAACACAGGCCAGUUGUUAACCCAGCCUCUCCGAAGAUCGAGUUUCCUUCCAUUCUCCUCCCACCAGACAUUCACUCAGGCAGCAUCGUCGACAUCAACGUAGCUCGCAAUCAGCACGCCGAAUCAAUCGCAGAUCAGAAGUUCUCCGCCCUACAAACCGAGAUCUUCGAGCAAUUUGGAACGACCUCGCCCUCGGCCCCGGUAUUACGAUGCCGAAACGCUACGCAGACGAGCGUUGUGCUCGAGUGGGAUCCGAUUGAGCUGGCGACUGCUGAGUUGAGGAGUUUGAGCCUGUACAGGAAUGGUACCAAGGCGGGUGUUAUUCCCAGGGAUAAGUUGAGCACAAAGAUCAGCGGAUUGGCACUGGAUACCGAGUACACCUUUCACUUGGUACUGCGAACGAGCGCGGGUCAGUACUCUUCGGAUAAGCUCGCGGUCAGGACCCACAAGAUGACGGACCUCACGGGAAUUACUAUCACACCUGGCGUCAUGCCAAGCCAGUUGAAGGACAGUCUGGCGGAGACCGUCGGUAGAAUUGACGCGAAAAUCAUCGAUACUGUCCGGAUAGACACCACGCAUUUUGUUUGCACGGAAGCCCGCGGCCAGGCUUGGGAGAAAGCUGUGGAGAUGAAUGUGCCGGUCGUCGUGCCCGACUGGGUCAAAGGAUGCGAGAGGGAGGGCAGGAUUGUGGGAGUGAGAGGGUACUAUCUCGACGCGGAUCCAAAAUUGCGACAAAUGGGGCCCAGCACGCAUCAACAGCGAGCAAGCGUAUCGAGUGCGCCCAUACGAGAUAGCCCUCGCAUUGAGCACACUCCGCCUACACCCGAACGUACCACAGCUCCUGCGAGGGAUGGUGGUGAAGAGGAAGCCUCUGCUACAGAUUCUCGGGCGCCAGCCCCCAAACCGGUACAUGAACGACUUGCCGAAGGAACCUCUGAGCAGGACGGGACAUCUUACUCUGGCACUACCUUGAACCAGAAACCCGUGUCGGCGGAUGAUUCGGACGAGAGCUCAGACGAUACCGAAAAGCUACCGGAGGAUCCUGAGAAGCACGCGAUGCCUGGAGACGCCCCGAAGGCCAUCGUUGAGUCCGCAGGUGGCGAGGGUCCUUCAACUCCUGGAGACAGAGACGAAUUUAGCGAAGUACAGCUGUAG